UUUGCUCCCAAAUUAUCAUUUGUGAACACGUCCAAACAUGCAGACACGAAUAACUGCUCGGCAUUCACAUUUAAGGUCAAGCCGGAUUUAUGUGUAUAUGUGGAUACAACAUCCCACGGCUGCGACAUUUCCAAAUUCGAAAUCGAUAUCAAAUUCAAAUGGAAUGACAGGCAUGAUGCAUUCGUCAAACGUCCUGGAGUCGAUAAAUCAAUUGUAUCUCAGACUGACAAUGCCUUCGAUACAUUGGGUCAAAUAAUGAGCUAUGCUGCUGCUCAGCUGGCCGCUCAAUAUCGUACCCACGCAUUCUCCGUCCUUAUUAUCUGUAAUCGUGCUCGCCUCAUCAGAUGGGAUAGGGAGGGAGCUAUUGUCACAAACACCUUCAAUUACCAUCAUGAGCCAUACUUGGCCGAUUUCUUCUAUCGUUUCGGAUGA